AUGGAGAACUUGCCUUUGGCACCGGAGUCAUGUCCAGCCAACACGUUGCAUUGUGUACCGGCGCCUUUCUACUGGGAAGAGGUUAUGAGUGCCCAAUCUGCAGAUGAUGGUGCAAGGGCUCCGUUGAGCAACGGUGUUGCCGCUGGGACUUCCUAUGGAACGGAAGUGGAGGCGGAAACCGCAGCCCGAGGCUCGGGUCCAGUGCAACCCACUGGAUCGGAGAUAGGGCAAGAGGCCGGUCGUGGAGGAGGAAACGAAGGCGGGGACGCACUCGGUGCGCAGACCUUGCCGGCAGCUUCUACUGCGUCGGCAUCCGGAGUCAUGAGAGAAGGGAGGCGUGCGGAUGCAUCUGCUACGGACUUCGUUGAGCAGGGACCAGAGACUCGUGCAGACACUACUGGCCAAGCUGGUACAAGCAGAGGUGGGUCAGCUGCUCAAGGAGCUGAUGUGCAGAGCGGAGUCGUUUGGUCCUGGAGUGAGCUUUUCUCGCCCUGGAAUUCAGGGGCAGUUGCCUGGAUGGGCUGCUGUAUAUGGGUGCAGUUGAUCGUUCUGGGGAUGGUUCUGGUGUUCCUCAUGUUGCAGAAGGGGAAAAUCUCCGCCUACAGGAACAGCUUGAAAGGGCACACCAGGAGGCCCAAGAUCGGUCUGAUAGCGUACCUCAUCGUGAUCCUGAAGACCGUCCAGAACCUCGCCCGGACGGGGCCUACAGCUACGGAAGCUCGGACACACAGGGUGGAUCAGCCUACUGCAGUGAACGAUGUGAGGAAUGCGGGUGAGGGUUCGAACGCCGCCAUCCUAGAAGCUCUGACUAGGAAUCUCACCAGCUUGCAGGAGCUCCAGGUGAAGUCGAUGAAACGGGAGUUGGAUGGAGAGGAAUCUCCAGAGCAGGUGAAGACGAGUACGGUGAGUUUGCCGAUUCUACCUGGACCCGAGGUGGCGAAUGCAGGUAUGGUUCUUCAGGACUGGAUGGCCCAGGUUGCUGUGCCAAUGCAAGAUCUGUCUACGUCCUCAGGUGCGUGGUGGACCGGUGUAGUUGCUCUGGUUCGGGAUGCGUACUCUAAGUGGUUGGCGGCUACACCUUUGGAAAGGUUACAGUUGGAGCCAAGCGGGCAUGAGACAUGGACCAGUGCCAAGUGGACCCGCGUGAACUCGAGGGCCUGUUCGUUGAUUUUACAGAGCAUCGUUGAAACAGUGAGACUGGACCUUGUUGCUCGACGUGCGGUUCAAAGUGCCCCGUUGAUAUUGUUCAGGCUCCACACGUGCUACCAACCGGGAGGCGCGUCUGAGCGCUCAGCUGUGCUGGGGAACUUGCAAAACCCAGUGCAGCCAUCGUCACUGGAGGAAGCUUUGAUCUGGCUAAGGUCAUGGCCGAGGUGGGUUCAACGGUGCAAGGACCUUAACAUGAUCAUCCCGGAUGGCACGAUCUUGGCCAAGGCGCUUACGUCCACUACGAUGAAGUACAUGAUGGAGAAUCCGGAUACCCACUUCCGGACGCAGCUCCUGAGGUCUAGUCUCAGGAUUGAUGGACAGCCAGCCUUUGCGGAUGUUGUCAAGUAUCAUCAGCACCUUCAAGCAGAAGUGGAGUCAAUGUUGGCAUCAAGGACGGUGGUGCAGGUGAUCACUGGGGAGCCGGUGUGGACGCUGGAGAGUUUGCUCCAAGCUGCAGCCAAGGUCGCUGGCGCACCGCCAGCAGGACCAAAGCCGCCGUCUAUGAAUGUGUUGGCGCUGAAGAAAUCUUCCUCAAGUGAUGACGAGCUCUCGAUGUUUGCGUUGGUUGACUCAGGUGCUACACAUGCCUUACGCCGGGCCAACACCCAGGAGGAGUGGAAUGACGCAGAGCCAGUGACGGUGAACUUGGCGGGUGGUGAGUCAGUGGGCCUGAGAAUGAACACAGCGGGCACAAUAUUGGUGCCAGUGUCCUCCUUGACUUCGGCGGGGUCUACUACUCCCAUAGUGCCACUAGGGGCGUUGGUGAGCCAGCUGGGGUACACUAUGAUAUGGGGAAAGUCGAAGUGCAGGCUUGAAGGCAGAAAUGGUGAGCAGAUCACCCUACGUGUUCGUGAAGGGUGUCCUGAGGUGACGGAGCAUGAGGCGUUGAAGUUGAUUUCGCAGCUGGAAGAUGCUCGGUUGCAAGAGCUCCGCAACAACACGACGGACACGAGAACAAGGGUGAAAGCGGCUGCUUUGGCAAUGGAGAAGACGUGGUUUGAUCAUCUCCUGACCUAUGUGGACAGCGGGCUGGCUUCGGAGGCGAUGAAAGCGGUGGAAGGGGCUCCCUUUCUCCAAGAAGUCCCACGGCCAUGCAAGGCUGGGCUGUGUGACGCGUUCCCGGAGGCGAAUGGGUGGCAAGCACUGAAGGGCCUUGAGCACUUGAACCGGAGAACGAGGAAGAAGUUGUGGUCCUCGAAUCAGUGGGUGGUGCACUUGUUCUCGGGAAAGAAGGAGAAGCGUGACCUAUAUCAUCUCGAGGGUCAUGGAUAUGCCGUUUUGGAGCUGGAUAUCGAGCGUGGGCGAUCGCAAGAUCUACUGAGGUCUCCUACGUGGCGGGCUCUUGAGUAUGGGGCCAGAAAGGGCAAGAUCGCGGCAAUAGUCGGCGGCCCCCCCCAGGGCACCUUCAUGAUCUCCAGGCACAUUGUGGGUGGACCAGCACCUGUGCGCUCGAACGAUUACCCGUUCGGAAACUGGGAUGGUCAAUCAGACUCAGAUGUUUGGGAAGUCAAUCGAGAGACGCAGUUGCUGACCAGGAUGAUAUACUUGCAUGCUCUGUCAUCUGCGGGAAGGAUAAGAUCGGGUCCUACUCCGGAGUUUCGUCGUGAAGUGGCAUUCUUGUUGGAGCACCCUCGUGAUCCCCGCGGCUUUCUGAAGUUCCAAGAUCCACUGUAUCCCGAUGUAGUUAGCUUCUGGAGGACUUCGCUGUGGACGGAGUACGCAAUGGAGGCAGGCCUCAGCACUCAAUGCUUCGACAUGGCGGCACUGGGAAAGGCUUUUCCGAGACACACAACCAUAGGCACCAACCUCGCCCUUCGGCACCUGAAUGGCUUGAGGAUGCGGUGGCACACAGAUGGACCUGCGCCAGAAAGGUCGCCAGCAUGUGUGUGGCCUACGGAGUUUAUCGAGCAUGUGGUGAUUGCGUUGAGGGAGUGGGCCAAGGUUCCUAGAAUGUUAAAGAUGAGUGCAGACCAGUGGCGUGAGCAUGUACGACGAGGCCAUCUUCCUUUCCGAGCUGAUUGUGCUGUGUGUGUACAGGCUGGAGCCACAGGCCGUCGACACUCACGCGUAGAGCACCCCUCAGCCUUUGUUCUCUCAGCCGACCUCUCGGGGCCUGUGAAGGUGGGAGGCGCUGAUCCGGAUGGCCGGGGAGCUUACCCGAAGCAGUUCAAGUAUAUCUUCGCGGCCAAGUUGAGGGUUCCUCGGAGCUUCGUGGAGGAUGGCCGUGGAGCGUGGGUGGACUAUGAUCCGGGCGAGCUUGCGGUAGAGGCCUACGAAGAAAAGGACGAUGGGCUUGAGAGCGAGAUCGGGGAGCGAAGGGUGCCAGGUGAGCGCGGUGAGCGCUCCGAUGAAGAUGGCGUUGAAGGAGAGCCGGAGCUGAAAGAAGUUCCAAGGCGAGAUCAUGAGGAGGACUCAGACCUUGCAGGGCCGGAGCUAGUGAACCUCAUCUUCUCUUGCGGCCUCAAAGAUGACAAGUCGGCCACAGUCCUUGAGGCGAUCCAGGAUGUGGUGCUCUAUUGCAAGGCGCUGAACAUCCCGGUGCUUCGCUUUCAUACUGAUCGGGGCAUGGAGUUCCGAGCACGAGCGACCCGCCAGUGGCUAAAGAGCGAGGGCAUACGAGUGACCACUUCUGAAGCCGGAGUUCAUCAAACUAAUGGUGCCGCGGAGUCGACUAUUAGGUGGCUUAAGCAGCGGGCAAGGACAUUGUUGUUGUCUGCGGGCUUGCCACAACACCUAUGGGCAUCGGCUAUCAGUACGGCGGCUUCAAUGCAGCGUGGCGAUGUACUGGGAUUCGAGCCGAAUCUCGCGGCCCCGUAUGGUGCCAAAGUGAUGGUCCGGAAGAGACAACUGGAAGGUCCAAAGCUCGAUGACUUAGCGCCAAAAUGGGUCUCGGGAGUCUAUGUGGGGUUGUCGGACAGCUUGAGCAAGGGCCACUUGGUGUAUGUUAAGGAUGAUGACGGUGAGCGGUUUAUCCACACUCUUCAUGUCCGUGCUGGAUUACACGAUCCCGGACCAGUUGAUGGUGAAUUUCAUUCGGAGUUUCCUGAUCCACCGGAGCGCCGAGUUCGAGGGAAGUCAGCGGGAUCUGGAGAUGUUGUUGGAGUGGCCAAGGCGGAAGUGAUCGAUGAUUCGGUUCUCAAGCAGAGGGCUGAAGCCUUGUUUCAGGACUGGUCUCAGGAGGAGGCGGAAUCCUUAGUGAAGGAAGUGGCUCGGGUGCUGCCUGAGGACGAGAAGAUCUAUGGGAUGUUUCGUCAUGGAGGAAGGCUGGGAGUUACCAGAGCAGCAGUUGAGAGGCCGUGGUUCGCCAAGCUGUUGGCCAAGCUGUACAAGGUUCGAUCUCCAGAUGCAGAGUUUGCGGCCGUGUACGUCUCAGUAAAUGCUGAGCGCGAGGUGCACAUUGACAAGAACAACGCCAUAGGGGCUGUGAACCAUAUCCUUCCCUUGAGCAUGCCAAAAAGGGGCGGCGAGCUGUGGAUGGAAUUGCGUAAUGGUGAUGUGGUUUCAGGAAAGGUGAUUGAGCUGAUUUCUGCAGAAGGGAGAGCCAGAUAUGGAUGUGCUUUUCCGCUUCAAGAAGGCAAUGUUUUCACCUUUGACCCGCACCGACGACAUGCAGUUCUUCCGUGGAAGGGAGAAAGAAUUGCAGUGGUAGGAUACACGCCAGGACUCCUAGGUUCUCUUCCCAGUCAGGACAAGGAAAUGCUAUGGGAUUGGGGUUUUCCACUCCCGUUGGAUGAUGGUGACGCUUUGCCGGAGGUGUACAUCAAUGCAUUGUCGGUGUCUUCGGUGAAGCAAGCGUUGUCGGUGUCUUCGGUGAAGCAAGAGAAGCGGGUUCAGGAGGAGGUUGUUCCGCUUAGAGAAGGAGGGUGGCAAGAGGUAAUUGAGACUUCAGAUGGAGAGUACCUCUUCAAGUGUGAGUGGGCGAUCGCCAGGUACUGCAAGUCGCGACUUGAAGCGGCAGGAAGUUCAGCUGAUGUCCUCACGGAGCACUGGAACGAUUGUGAAAUGCAGUUGGUUCUGAGCGAAGAACGAGAAGGAGCGUCUACUGCAGUGGUGCGCCCAUCAGUGCCGUCCAGCCCUUUGGUGCGGAAGACCGAGGUUGCCUACACGGAUGGUGUUGAGAGCAUCCUCGAAAACCUCGCUUCGCCCUUGUCUGUGGUCUACACAGUGAACCCGCGGGAAGUAGUUCCAGUGUUCGAACGAUGGACGCCUUCAUUGAUGAAGGAGGUGGCGUCACUUGAGCAUGCGGUUGACAAAGUGAUGUCGGAUGAUCCGAGUGUUCGUGAAGAUUUGGCCUCAGGUAGAGCACAGCUUAUUCCAAUGAAAGUUGUGUACACCGUAAAACCCCCGGAUCCACCUGCUGAUGGAGGACAUCCUGAAGAGAACUUCAAGCGGAAAGCUAGGAUUGUGAUCUGCGGGAACAUGGCAUCGCACCAAGCGGGCGAGGUCUACGCCAGCACGGCGCCAGCAGAGAUUGUGAGGGCAGCCAUAGCCCUAGCAAGGUUCUUUAACUGGAACUUGGGGCUGAUCGACAUUGUGGCGGCGUUCCUUCAGACUCCGUUUAGCGCACUCGAUGGGGCACCUUUGGUUUAUGGGGUUCCACCUAAAGUACUUGUUCGUGCCGGCAUUUGUCGUCCCGGGGAGCUGUGGAGAUUGACACAUGCAGUCUAUGGUCUUCAAGAAAGCCCAAGACUUUGGGGCUCGUAUCGGGACAUGAGGUUGGCGCAAGUGCAGUUAGUUGUCGAUGGAAAGAGGAUCACCCUCUUGCAAGGACGUGUGGAGCCAUCAUGGUGGUCUAUCAUGCAAGAGGGCUCUGUGUUGAUUGGGAUCUUGGUAGUCUAUGUCGACGAUUUGCUGUUGUGUGCGAGGACCGAGGUCAUCAAGGAGCUAGCGGCCGCGAUUCAGUUUAUGUGGAGGACCAGUCCGUUGCAGCUUGUGUCAGAGGGCGAGAUAAGGUUCUUGGGGAUCGAGAUUUCGCGUACUACCCAGGGCUUUGCUUUGUCUCAGAAGUCCUAUCUGGAAGAGCUGUUGCGGUUGCACGAGGUUCCUACGAGAAAGCGAGACUUAGUGCCCGUCGGCAAGGAGUCGGUGAGCUUUACAGCUGGCGAAGAUGAGGCCCCGCAGGACGAGGCAGAAGUUCGGGCGGCUCAGCAGAUUGCGGGUGAGCUCCUUUGGAUCAGCCAGAGAACGCGCCCGGAUGUGGCGUUUGUGUGCUCAGUGAUUGGAUCGCUUGCUACCAGGGCUCCACGGAGGGCGCUAGAGAUCGGGUUGAAAACGUUGGCGUACCUUCAGAGAACGUCCGAUAGGAGACUGCUGUUUGAGGGAAACUCUCGCUAUUUGGCCGGCUUUGUGGAUGCGUCGUUUGCCCCGGAUGCCAACAGGUCCCACACAGGAUGGAUCAUCCAGCUUGCUGGAAAUGUGAUUGCAUGGCGUUCUUCAAGGCAAUCGUGCGUAAGCUUGAGCACGGCCGAAGCAGAGCUUGAGGCAGCCGUGGAAGGUUUGGUUGCCAUCCAAGGGAUCCAGGCGGUCUUGCAGGACAUUGGCGCUGGAGUGUUUGCUAUGCAGAUGCAUUCAGACAGCACUUCGGCCUUGGCAAUUGCGCAUGGGUCCUGCAGCUGGCGUACCAGACAUCUUCGUUUGAAAAGCGCCUGGAUCAGUGAGCUCAUUGCCAAGAACCUCGUUGAGUUCAAUCACUGUCAUGGUGAAGUUCAACCUGCAGAUAUGCUAACAAAGCCUUUGUCUUCGGCACGAAUCAAGUCGUUGAGUUGCUUGAUUGGACUGCUGGAUGAAAUGGUUCUAAUUGCUUUGUUGGUGCUGGCGCAAGCGGUAUCUGGAGAGCGAGUUCAUGAAGAUCAUGGGGUUGUGGUUUAUGGAAGUGGAGUGUCUGUAGACUACGGGCUGGUGACGUGGCUUCUGUUCUGGUGCAUUGUGCUGGUUGGUGUUUUAUCCUGGGAAGCUCUGAAGUGGGUUGUGUGGAUGAUCUAUGACAGGGCGGCGCCGGGCUCCACCCAACGGCGCUUGAGAAGGCUUCAGAGGUUGCGUGAUGCAACGGCAGAGGCUAUCCACCGUGAAGUGAGUGCCCGGGUCGGUUCCCGUGCGGAGCAGAGAGCCAGAGAUUCUCGCGAAAGGCCCAGAGAUCAACUACCUGAUCCACCGCGGGAGCACAGAGAUCCUCACGCUGAAGAGCGCAUGAACCUACUUCGGCGACUGGCGCAGGGAGUAAAGGAGACCAAGGAGGUCGCGAUUCAGACUACGGCCUUCACACCUGUGCACGGUCCGUCUACGAGGGUUAUAUUGAGGUAUGUACAUGAGCCACCGGAAGCUACCUACGUCGUGCCCGACAAUGACUGUUUCCAUGUUUAUGAUGACUGCCAUGCUUUUAGACACAGAGGUACUCUGCAGAAGGUUGAGCGAAGGAGGCUCUGCCGUUAUUGCAGCAAUCGUGCCGCUGAAGAUCCGGAUAAAACGCCGGAUUACGGGCGGGACCUUGAAAGAGCCCGUGAAUACGAGAGGGUAUUCAACACCACCCUCACGACGUCUGGACAGAGCUCUCGGAUGGCCGAAGCCUAA